AUGGUCUUUCAAGAGAAUACGGACACUCUCCGUCCAGCCUUCGACGACCGCAGCGUCCCGCUCAUUGCCUAUGGCUCGUCUUUCGACCGACUCUGCGCCAAGCACAUCCCACAGACGCUGUCCUGCUCCCGCGUCUACAUCAUCUGCUCUACGUCGCUGGCCAGGAAUACCGAUGCCUUGACACGACUUACUGGAGCCUUGACUGCUGCAAAUCUCGAGGUCGUGGGCACCCGCACAGGCUUCUCUCCACAUACACGAUGGGAUCAGGUCAUCGAAUGCGCCAAGGAUGCUCGCUCCAAAUCGCCCGACUGUAUAAUUACGCUCGGCGCCGGUAGUCUGACCGACGCUGCAAAAUCAAUCUGUUGGAUGCUCGCCAACGAAAAUGUCGAUUCUCAAGAGGGGCUCGAGAGUAUGCUGCACGUCAGCCCGACAUACAGGAAAGAUCUCAAGCCACCAAAAGUACGACAGGUGGCGAUCCCGACCAGUCUAAGUGGAGGUGAGUAUCAGAGUAUCAGUGGCAUGACCAAGAGUGAUGGCAGCAAUCGAAAGUACUUGUUUGAGCCUCCAGAGAUGAACCCGAGUCUAGUAGUCUUGGAUGUAGACUUGACAACUACAACACCGGACAGCAUCUGGUUGAGCACAGGUAUCAGAGCGGUGGAUCAUUGCGUGGAGACUCUCUGCAGUCUCCUCAGCAAUGAAAAGGGUGAUAGAGAGUCAGAAAAGGCACUGAAGAAGCUGUUGCCUGGGCUUAUCAAGUGCAAAAGGGAUCCCAAAGACCUCGUCGCCCGGUUUCAGUGUAUGAUGGGCGUCAUCGAAGCCAUGAGCGCUGUCGGCUCAGGUGUCCCGCUUGGCGCAUCCCACGCAAUUGGGCAUCAGCUUGGUCCGCUAGGAGUUGGGCAUGGCGAAACAAGCUGCAUCAUGCUGCCUGCUGUGUGUAAAUGGAACGCAAAGGAAAACGCCAACAAUGAGAGGCAGGAACAUACUAGGAAGGCGCUGAUGGAAGACGAUGUGGUGAAAGAGCUGGUGCGGACCAAAUAUGGCGAUGAAAGCGAUAAGGCUGAUCUGGGAGACAUCCUGGAUCUGGUGGUCCGGGAACUCGGUAUGCCUCGAACGUUGAAGGACGUCAACGUUGGCAGGGACAAGCUGGAAGGUCUGGCAGAGAACAGUCUGACCGAUCACUGGAUCAAGACGAAUGCCAAACCGAUCACCGAGAGAGAACAAGUCAUGGAGAUCCUUGAGAUGGUGGUAGGUUGA